CCUCAUUAUUACGAGGAGGGGGGGGGGGGAAAUGAAAACAUCUACAUUCUGGCUCUCUACUGGCUGUACUAGUUUAAAGCAUUAUUUUUCCGCCUUUGGCGCUGUCUUCAGCCAAUAUACGCACGAUGUGUGAUUUUGCUUUUUGUGGAGAGAGUCGCCAACGUUAGCUUUGCAAAGCUGCACGGCCUGCUGCGGCUCGACUAUUCACGAAAGGGCCACUUUACUGCUCAGGCUCAACACCAUGAAUUUGGUACGUCUAGUGUGCCGCCACAAGACUGCAUUGUUUCUCUGCACUGUGUGCACCUUUGCUGUGGUCCUUGUCUUCUUGGCUAAAUGUACCUCCGAAACCCUGAAGCAGGGUCAUGCAGAUCCACCGGGCUUAGCCCCCCGCGCCAGCGCUUCAGAUCCAGAGCAGCAUGACCGAUCCGCCCCGUCCAAAGACGUGUCAGCAUUCCUCGUAGUCCUCAUAACAACAGGGCCCAAGUAUACUGAGCGCAGGAGUAUCAUCCGGAGCACAUGGCUGUCCAAGAGGGUCUCUGAUGUUUUGGCCAUGUUUGUAGUAGGAACUCUGGGGCUUUCCAACGAAGACCUUCAGAACCUCAAUGUAGAACAAGGACGGCACAAAGAUCUGCUCUUACUGCCUGACUUGAAAGAUUCUUAUGAGAACUUGACAAUGAAGCUACUGCACAUGUACUCCUGGUUGGACCACAAUGUUGACUUCAAAUUUGUGUUCAAAGCAGAUGAUGACACAUUCGCUCGCUUGGACCUCCUUAAAGAGGAGCUGCGAGGGAAAGAGCCCACUCGCUUGUACUGGGGCUUCUUCUCGGGCCGAGGGCGAGUCAAGACAGCCGGGAAGUGGCGGGAAAGCUCUUGGGAGCUCUGUGACUAUUACCUCCCGUACGCACUGGGCGGCGGCUACAUCUUGUCAUCUGACCUGGUACGAUAUGUGCAUCUCAAUGCAGGCUACUUAAAGAUAUGGCAGAGUGAAGACGUGUCUUUGGGUGCCUGGCUGGCUCCGGUGGAUGUUCGGCGAACGCACGACCCGCGCUUUGACACAGAAUAUAAAUCCCGCGGUUGCAACAAUAAAUACUUGGUGACACAUAAGCAAAGUCUGGAGGACAUGCUGGAAAAGCACCAGAUGCUGCAGCGUGAUGGCAGGCUGUGUAAGGAGGAAGUCAAGCUGCGACUCUCAUACGUGUAUGACUGGGGUGUGCCCCCCUCGCAGUGCUGCCAAAGGAAGGAGGGCAUCCCUUAAUUUAUCUCUUUGUCACUUAGCUGAAGUCGAUGUCCAAUUCCUACUACUAUAAAGUCUUUCCUCAGUUUUACACUACAAGCCCUAUUGCAAUUUGUGUUCUCCUCAUAUAUUACCAAAUACUUGGAUUUGAUCUGAGUGGAUGAAAAUGGAGAAUAUUUGUGGAAAUGGAAACAAGCGUUUCCGAUUUUGUGAGAUUUGUUUGAUCAAAGCACAUAGUAUUUUUUAUCUUUAAAUGCUAUUCUUUUUUUUAAGGCAUUUCCCUGUUUCUACAAAUUAUAUUUUCCUUUAUCUGGAAGUAGAUCCUGGUUAAAUCUGACCACCGUAUUUCCUCACAAAGUGGCCUCGCUGUGCUGCUAUUGAUCCUUGGGCAUUUAAAUAAACAAACACCACACUCCAGAUUGAUAGCUCCUUCCCUUCCUACAAAUAACAGAUGAUAGUUAGAUUUUAGAGUGGAUUUAUACUAUGCUGGACAAACACAAGCAAGAAUUUUCCAGAAAAUAGCACGGCUACCCUUUAGUGAGUGAUGUAGACUUUUAUAUUAAAUAUAAUAAUGACAUUUUAAUUUGAUGUUAUUUGUAGAAUUUUUAAAAAUGUUUUAUAUUGUAGAAAUGCAUUUCUACAAAUAAAGGCACCCCAAACAAAUCCCUCACAACUAAUAUACACUUGGUACUCUUGUUGUUUAGUAAAAAUAAUAAUUUUAAAAACACCCUUGCUCGCUAUAAUAUGAGGAAAUACGGUAGUGCUGAAAGACAGGGAUUCACAGUAAUGAUUCAAAUACUGUGGUAAGCAAUUAUUUGAUAUCCUUGAUAUGCAGCUUAAGGUCCACGUACUAGUACAUUAUUUUUCGUCACUUAGUUGGACAACUUUGGCAUACAUGUUCAUAAUGAGGCAAAACUGACAACUGCAUGCUACUAGUCAGUAGUCAUGUUAUAAAAUUCUACUACCUACCAAGUUUUGCCUCCCCAUUUAAGCUGUGUAUCAAAGAUAUCGAAUAAAUACAUAAAUGGCUUUCAAUAAAAUUGCUCUGUUGUUGUCAUCCCAAUACUGCUCACGGCCAAUAGGGGGCAGAAUGUCAUGUUACAAUGUCUGGAUUCCUCUGAUUUGCUGUCAAGUGUCAACAAAUGUCCUUAUUUCUUUGGUAUUUUAACAAAAGCAUCCCUCAGCAUUCAUGCACAAAUGCUAGGGGAGUUGCUUUUCAGUUUAAAAAAAUAUUCAAAGAUCAGUUUUGCACAACUUGUGUUUCAUAUGGUGAUAUUUAGAAUUGAAAAUCAAUUUUGGCCUUGAAUAGAAGCCUUCAGCCUUGUGUAUGUCGGUACUGUCAGCUGUGUUAUAUAUUAUCUUUAUUUUCUUCUGUUGAACCUCUUCCGAACAUUUGUACACACUUUGAAUUUAGGAGGUUAUAUUAUUAAAUUAUGUUUUAUGUCGUAAAAUAAUGUUUUAAAUUUAUAUUUAUUGUUAAUUUAUUAUUGCUGUAAGCACACUAGUUGUUAUAUUGGCGGGCACAGUGAAUUUGUAUUUCCAUAAGUCCACGAUUAACGAUAUAUAAGGUUUCCUGCACGUGGAAUUGCACAGUGUGUGAAAGUGAAAACGGUUGAAUGUGUUUUGUUCAGUAAGCCUUCGUGUUUCUUCAUGAGAUAACUCGCGUGUGUGUCUGAGUGUGAGUGUGUGUGAGAUGACAAUGGACAGAUCAAGUCAACAUGUCUCUACAGUGCAGCAGUGUUCGAAUGUUCUCAACAAGACCACAGCUUUGCCAGCAGGUCACCUUUCCUUGGUGAUUUUUAUCAUCUAUUCUGAUGUUUUCCAAGUUGACCUCACCCUCACAAAACAUCUUACUGUUACAGUAGAGUGGGUGACGAAGUGACAGAUUUAUUACUGUUUUGAACAAGUUUUGUUUUUUUAAUUCUACAAUGUCAUCCACCCUGGAUAAGUUAUUAAAACUAUGUGAUACUGUUCAUUGUACAAUGUCAUCCACCCUGGUUUAAAUUAUUAAAACUAUGUGAU